AUGGCAGCAUACCAUACGCCGCAGAUCAGACCAUUUUACUGCCCCUCCGCAAAUCCAAUUUGCUACACAGCAUUCCUGGCACAGGAAGCGGAAGGUUCGACCUACCUCAGCUACGGUUGCUGGACGGACACGUAUACUCGAUUCAUCUAUGAACAGGCCACAUCGGAGCAGGCCAGCAGUGACCCAGGGAGCUCCGUGGGCGCCCCAGCGAGCCAGGCUGCCUCAUCGGACCCAGGAAGUUCAGGUGCGGGCCCAACUUCGAGUUCACCGGAGCAAUCGAGUUCGAGUUCGAGUUCGCCAGAUGACCAAAGCUCUGCAGAUGUUCAAAGUUCGUUAAUAGCCGAUGGCUCUAGUUCUAGUCCAGGCCCUAGUACUACUCCUACGGUGCAAUUCUCGGUCCCGCAGGGUGGUUCCUCGGCUACGGACAGGAACGGCGUACAGCAGACCGGGGCGGCUGGAAACACUGGUACUCCAAGCGCCAGCGACACCAAAGAGGGCGAUUCGAACGGCGGCAAGUCGGAUGAUGGCGGGUCCUCCAACGUAGGCGCGAUCGCUGGUGGAGUGGUGGGAGGCGUCGUGGCAUUGGCGGCCAUUGGUGCUGGUAUUGCGUACAUGAUCAUCCGCAAGCGCAGACAGAGGGUUGAGCCCAUGCGUGAGAUAAGCCCUGGAUAUUAUACGCCGAGCACGAGCUAUUGA